GAGGUUUCGAAGAUGGCUGUCAGUUCUUUCACAGCACGACAGACCUGGUCUCAUCCUGAUGUGGAGCUGGCAUUGACUGACCUGGAGAAGAAACUGUGUGAACAUUUUCAAAGGAUAGAGAUAAGAGGGAAACGAGGACGUAAAGUUCCACUGCUCCUCACCCCAGAAAUGCAGGCAUCAAUGGAGCUCCUUGCAAAGACUCGUAAUGACUGCGAAGUUCCAGACAGCAAUCAAUUCAUGUUUGCAAGGCCACAGGCACUAACGCACUUUCGAGGAUCGGAUGUUAUUCGACAGAUAGCUCAAUCCUGUGGGGCCAGUAACCCAGAGGCACUGUCCUCUACUAAGUUGAGGAAACACAUGGCCACAAUGUCCCAGCUUCUCAAUCUCAAGGACAAUGAAAUGGACAACCUCGCGGAUUUCUUAGGUCAUGACAUAAGAGUUCACCGCCAAUACUACAGGCUGCCUGAAGGAACAUUACAGCUGGCUAAGGUCAGCAAAAUGCUGAUGGCCCUGGAAAGAGGGAAAAUGGCAGAGUUCAAGGGACAAACUCUGGAUGAGAUCUCCAUUGAUCCGCAAGAGGAAAUAGCUCAGGACAGUGACCAGUCAGACUUGGAUGAAGACGACCAGAUGGCUGCUUCUACAUCAUUUUCUACGCCCUCCACACCUUCAUCAUCCUCCAGACCUUCAUCCUCCACACCUUCAUCAUCCUCCAGACUUUCAACGUCCUCCACACCUUCACCAUCCUCCAGUCCUUCAUCAAAUAAAUCCAGUGAGAGAGAGAUCCACCAGUGGAAAGCACAGCACACCUCCAGCUCAAGGUUCUUCACAAAGGAGAAGAAAGUGGUCGGAGGAGGAGGUCCAGGCAGUGGAGAAGACGCUGAAUAGCUUCAUAAGGUCCAGGAGGGUUCCAGGAAAAGCAGACUGCGUGAGAUGUAUUGAGGAGUCUCCACAGGCCCUACAGGACAGGAGCUGGACAGCAGUAAAGUUCUAUGUCAAAAACCGAAUUGAUGCUGCCAAAAGA